GACAAAGGCUUAAGCAGUGUAUAUUGUAUUGAGUUGUGCAGGCCAAUCGAAAUUUAUCAGUUGUCCUCCUUUCAGCACGGAGCGCGAAUUGCAUAAUUCACACGUACGUAUACUGUAAUUGGAAUUGUUGAAUAAAUCUUCGGUGACUGGCACUGGAGCAGAAAAUUGGUCACACAUACUUGGCCACAGACGAAAACAAAGCUUGUUCUACACUGGAAUUGCAUUAGGGUGCAUUAUUCUUCAUAAUAUAUCACUUCUUGUUUGGGAAAACAAAACAAUGUGAAGUGCUUACUUAUGUCGACACGUUUUGGGGAUAUACCCCGAAUGAGGGAGUGGUAACCAGAAACAUCUUGUGACUCUCAGUUUAAAAUUCUCCCUAUUUUUAGAAGUUUGAAUUGAGUAAUUUAUUUGGUGCAUUUAUAUUGACAACUGUUCAACUCUACAUUUGCAUCAUGGUAUAAAAAGAAGUGUCUACAUUAAACAACGGACCAAGUUUAUAUGUAUUUGUCUUACUCAACUAGCUGACUCUUUGUCCUUGUGUUUUAACUCUGUACCCAGAAUAGUACAGUUUAAGUGUACGAAUUAUAUAAGAUGGCAAAUAUCAGCACAGAAUCGUUGAUGCCUAGAGAUAAUACAACUAUGUUUCUCGUGUCCAGUCAUGUUACAGCUGUAAUUCCCGAUAAGUACCGAUACCAGACUGACGUAAUGGCGGAUCCCGUGAUUCUUUCCGUCCUGGCUGGUUUUGGAGCCAUUGUGAUAAUAAUGCUCCUCAGGGUGCUUUUCAAUAAACUCUCUGGUGAAAGGUCAGGAACGGAGGGCACCAGAAUGCAAAGGCUUCUUAAGUCUGAAGAUUAUAUCACAGUUUUCAAAGAAUCUGUUGAAUAUCACCAAAUAAACACACGUCCUAGCUCUUACUUGAGACUACAGAAAAUAAAAUCAUAA